AUGUUGGAACGAAAGACAGGGAUUGUUUUUGCAAUAGCUGGUAUUAUAACAAUAAUUGGUUUUAUCGGUGGUGUUGCACCAGGAAUUAUUCUUAAAAAUUAUGGAUUAUUUGGUAUUAGUUUGGGUAUACUUCUAUUUAUUAUUAUUCUCUUGAUAAUUACAACGUUUAUAUUUGAAUAUCAGAAUAAAAAUCAACAAUUUUCAAUUUUUUCGAGACGAAUUAAUAUCUUUAGUACGAGAUUAUCAAGAAAUGAAAAAAUCUUGCUUACUUUUACUAAUGGUCUACUUUUUACUGCUGGUAUCUUUCUUGGUAUACUUUGUGGAUUAUUACUCAGAGCUUUGAAUGCAUCAUAUAUUACUUAUAUUAUUAUUACAGCUAUAUUUAUCUCAGCUUUAUUAACACUUUUCAUCAUGAUUUUAAUACUAGAAUGGAAAGAUUCUAGAAAACCAACAAUAGAAAUUACUGAACAAAAUCAAACAUUAGUUGAAUCGAAUACACAUUCAAAAGUAUUGACUAAACCACAAGAUGGACCACAAAAUACAGCUGCAAGAAUUAACCGUUAUUAUCCACGUUAUGCUGAUAAUUCUUUGAAAUCUUCAUGGCAAACUUCUUCUUCUAAUGAUUUUACAAGAUAUUCAAAUAAUACUUUUCAUACUGCAAAACCACUUACAACUAUACAAAGAGAAUAUCAAAAAUUACUUCAUCCAUCACCAAAAUUUUAUGUUAAUGAUAAAGUUUAUGUUAAUGAUCAAGAUAUAGCACAGAUACUUGGCGAUGAAGGCUCAGGUAUUUAUCGAAUUCAAUAUCUUGAUAGUGGUUUAAUCGAUUAUCGAAAUGUUCAAGAACUUCGAAAAGCAUUGCCUUUGAUUACUUAA